GUAGCUGAAAAUCGAUAACAAUAAAACAGGCGCUUACGUGGCCAUAUCAGAGAUCAAUUCCGGUCACAGUUCUACGCACAUCGCUUAUAUCGCAUCCUUUGUCGCUCUUUCGUCGUUACCGAUCUAACCUUAAUUCCGCUAGAUGUCUAUUAUCUAUAGGUUUGCUUCAUAUUCCUGCACUAGACUUAAGUUCUAUGACGAAACCGCACUGAAACGUCCCUUCUCGCUUUCGCUAACUUUCAAAACAUUUUUUAAGUACACCAGUGCAAAAAGUUCAGGAACAGAAAGCAAACUGUAUGUUCUCGUCGAUGCGUGCGUUCGCCCGGCUUUGUUUUGUUUUGGCCGAUCCGGCGUGACACUUGCUUCUUGGCUCGGCAUAUUUCGCCGCACAGUGCUGACAGCCGGGAUGCAUUCCACCGUGUUUGUUACCGAUUUCGACGAAGAUUACAACGAUGACGAUCGUACGAGCUAUGACAGUAAUAUCAGCUAUUAUCAAAGCAACAACAACGACGACAACGAUAGUAACAGCAUCAACAACGAUGUAUCGGCAUUGUGUAAGUCACGUGACACGGAAUCGUGCCGCGUGCUCGAAUUUGGUGAAUUCGAAGACAACUACGGCUGGAUUCAGUGCCAAUCCAAGAGCUUUCCCGACCGCGUGUACUACUACAAUACCCGAAGCGGCUGCAACACGUGGUACAGGCCUGUCUCGCGUUCCAUCGACGUCCCAGUGAUCUCCAUCAGAAGGGCAAAUGGCACGGACGACACCUCGGAAUCGACGAUUGAUUUGGAAAUGAUGUCAGUAUCGGACGAUGAGAAAGAGUCGAAGAUAUCAAAAGCAGUUCCCGCAGAAUGCGAUCGCGACAGAGUGUUGAUUAAUGUCUCGGAUAUCAUCGCGCGAUAUUACUUCUCUUCCAUAGAUCCCAGCAGCCCUGAUGACUCAUUCAGUUCGACUAAAUGUUUUGAAAAUCAGAUGCCGUUAAUGAAACAACAAGAUGAAGAAGAAGAAGAAAAAGCAAAUGCGAGCGAAUAUUUUGGAAAUCGGAUGCCACCGAUCAAACAAAAAGAAAAAGAAGCGAGCGAAUGUUACGAAACAAAGAAAAAAGUGGAUCUGGACAACGACGAGAACAACAAUGUAAACGAUAUGAAAAUGGAUUACUCGCCAUUAUACCCCAUGAGUUUGCUCAAGACCGAAUUAUUCAUGAAAGACGAGAAUAUCGAGCUGGCCAACCGGAUAUCCUAUCCUCAGUUCAAGAGAGCCUUUCGUCACGCGGAACGCGUCAUGUACGGUUUACCACGUCUGAAGAGAAUCGGCCCGGAGAGCCAGUUGAUCAAGCUACGUAGAGAACGCAAGAGUCGGGAAGCACCGGGGCCAAGAAAGAUUAUUUGCGACAUGUAUGGCGUGCGGACCAUCAACUACAAUCUGCCAGAAUUAGACCAGAUAUGCGCGGGGAUAGGAGUGAAAACGUCGACGUUGAGCGCGAGCGAUAGCGACAACGACAACGAUGUACUACCCUCUCCGUUGCGACGCGCGAAAACGACAGGGUUCGAGUGGCACGAGAUAGAGAAGAACCUGCAUCAACCGUUACUGAGCGACGCGAGUUCCAGUCCGUCGUCACGGUCCGAUACAAGCUCUAGCACGAGCCGAAGCAUCAGCUCCAGCUCCGGUUCUAGCUCUAGCUCCGGUUCUAGCUCUAGCUCCGGUUCUAGCUCUAACUCUAGCUCUAGCUCCUGUUCGUGUGCCUCUUGCAACAAAAAAGACUGAUUUCGCCCGAGCGAAAUGUCAAAUCCUGUUAUUUUUACAUGAAAGCAAAGUUUUCUAGCAAUUAUUGUCUCUUAUUUUUAUUUAGUUUUAUUUUCUUUAGAAAAUUUUAUUUUGU